AGUCCAGGGCUUUCGGAGACUCGGAGCGCACCUUCCAGGCUUCGCCGGAGUUGAGAAAGGGCGGAGCAGGGAAAGAGACGGGCGGCUCGACCGAGAGCGGCUGAGUUGGCUGGUGAGACUCUGCGCCCGGAGACGCCUGCAAGAGCGCGAACAGAGCCCGGCUGGCGGCGAGCGCUGGCAGGAGGGAGCGCACCGCGCGAGGAGGCGGGAAGGGAACGGGCCUCCACCGAGGCCGAGGGGGCGCUGCUUGGACAGCAUGCGAUUCUCCGGGAGCCCCAGCGCGGGGCCCGCGAGUAACUCCAGCCGGUGGUGGCCUCUGGGUGCGGGAGGUGCCAACACCAGCGGGGACUCGCAGGCGCUCGCGGAAGACGGCGGCCCGCAGGCGGACACGCGCAACGAGGAGCUGGCCAAGCUGGAGAUUGCCGUGCUGGCCGUGAUUUUCGUGGUGGCCGUGCUGGGUAACAGCAGUGUGCUGCUGGCGCUGCACCGCACGCCUCGCAAGACGUCCCGCAUGCACCUCUUCAUCCGCCACCUCAGCCUGGCCGACCUGGCCGUCGCCUUCUUCCAGGUGCUGCCCCAGCUGGGCUGGGACAUCACCUACCGUUUCCGCGGACCCGACGGGCUGUGCCGCGUGGUGAAGCACAUGCAGGUGUUCGCCAUGUUCGCCUCGGCCUACAUGCUGGUGGUCAUGACGGCCGAUCGCUACAUCGCCGUGUGCCACCCGCUGAAGACUCUGCAGCAGCCCGGGCGCCGCUCUCGCCUCAUGAUCGCCGCCGCCUGGGUGCUGAGUUUCGUGCUGAGCACCCCGCAGUACUUCGUCUUCUCCGUGGUCGAGGUGAGCAACGUCACCAAGACCUACGACUGCUGGGCCAACUUCAUCCAGCCCUGGGGUCUCCCGGCCUACGUGACCUGGAUGACCGGCAGCGUGUUCGUGGCGCCCGUGGUCAUCCUGGGCACCUGCUACGGUUUCAUCUGCUACCACAUCUGGCGCAACGUCCGCGGAAAGACAGCGGGGCGCCAGGGCACGGGCGCCCUCGCCGAGGGCGCGGGAGAAGGCGCCUUGCACCGAGGAGUCCUGCACGCACGGUGUGUGAGCAGCGUGAAGACCAUUUCCCGCGCCAAGAUCCGCACCGUGAAAAUGACCUUCGUGAUCGUGACGGCCUACAUCGUUUGCUGGGCGCCCUUCUUCAUCAUCCAGAUGUGGUCUGCCUGGGAUAAGAAUUUCUCCUGGGUCGAGUCAGAAAACCCAGCCACCGCCAUCCCUGCAUUACUGGCUUCCUUGAAUAGUUGCUGCAACCCCUGGAUAUACAUGUUUUUUAGUGGCCAUCUCUUGCAAGACUGUGCCCAAAGCUUCCCAUGCUGCCAAAACGUGAAACGAACGUUCACCAGAGAAGAUUCAGACAGUAUGAGCCGAAGACAGACUUCCUUCACUAACAACCGAAGCCCCACCAACAGUAUGGGAACAUGGAAAGACUCGCCUAAAUCUUCCAAGUCCAUCAAAUUCAUUCCUGUUUCAACCUGAGCCCCCUGUGUUCACACAGCAUCUGACUCUUGUAAUGGACUUUUCAGCCCAUUGACUGAA